UCCUCUGCUGCAGCCUCUCCGCUGAGGAGAGCCCCGCGCGGAGUAAGCGGGUGCCCAGCAUGCAGACGCCGGGGCUCUGGCCCUCCCCGCAGCCUCCACACCAGCCUGCGGCGACGCCCGCCAUGAGACCACCGCUCUACCGCUGUCACAACGCCACCUCGGUGGAGAAGGGCAAUUCGGCCACGAUGGGAGGAGUGCUCUUCACUGCGGGCCUCCUGGGCAACCUGUUUGCCCUGGGGCUGCUGGCGCGCUCGGGGCUGGGGUCUUGCCCGCCACGCCAACCGCGCCCGCAGCCGUCGGUCUUCUACGUGCUGGUGUGCGGCCUGACGGUCACAGACUUGCUGGGUAAGUCUCUCGUGAGCCCCUUCGUGCUUGCAGCCUACUCGCAGAACCGGAGCCUGUGGGGGCUGGCGCCGGGGGGCGCGGGCAGUUCGCUGUGCCAAACUUUCGCCUUCUUCAUGACCUUCUUCGGGCUCGCCUCGACGCUGCAGCUGCUGGCCAUGGCCCUGGAGUGCUGGCUCUCCUUGGGGCAUCCUUUCUUCUACCGACGGCACGUCACUCGGCGCCGCGGCGUGCUGGUGGCGCCAAUCGUGGGGACCUUCUCUCUGGUUUUCUGUGCGCUGCCCUUCGCGGGCUUCGGGAAUUUCGUGCAAUACUGUCCCGGCACCUGGUGCUUCCUCCAGAUGGUCCACGAGGAGCGCUCGCUGUCAGUGCUGGGCUAUUCAGUGCUCUACGCCAGCCUCAUGGCCCUGCUGGUCCUCGCCACCGUGCUGUGCAACCUGAGCGCGAUGCACAGCCUCUACAGGAUGCACCAGCGCCUGCGGCGGAGUAAGCGCAGCAGCCAAAGGGACCGCGCGGAGCCCGGCUCUGGCGAAAAGGAGGGGUUCCCCCAGCAGCUGGAGGAGCUGGAUCACCUGCUGCUGCUGGCCCUCAUGACCGUGCUCUUCACCAUGUGCUCCCUGCCUUUAAUUUAUCGUGCUUACUAUGGAGCAUUUAAAGCUGUCAAUCAAACAAAUGGAACCACUGAAGAAGCUGAAGACCUCCUCGCUUUGCGUUUUUUCUCCGUGAUCUCUAUUAUGGACCCCUGGAUUUUCAUCAUUUUCAGAACAUCAAAAUUUCGGAUGUUUUUUCACAAAAUUUUCAUAAGACCACUCACGUAUCGCAGUUGGUACAGCAAUUCCUGCCGAUCUAAGAUGGAAUCCAAUUUGUGAUAGCAUUCACACUCUGGUAAACUGAGGAAUAUAUCGUGUUUUCAUCAAAGAACCAUCAUAAAAGUUGUCACAUGUUAAGGCCUUAAAAGUCAUCUCCCACAACAAAAAUUUACAUGUUUUUUCAAAACUAUUUGAUGUAUCUUAAUAAUGUAUUAUCUCUCUACUUAUGAAUCCAUUCCGUGGAUUUUUUAAAUUUUGAGUUAUUAAUAGCAACAAAACUGUAUUAUAAACAAUGUUAAUGGUUUUAAAGUCAUGAUAUUUUUUGUUCCUAUAUUUGUAUUUUUUGUCCCUCCCUAUUUUUUGCCAGACUUAUGACCUCUUGGUCUUUAUUUAAGUACAGUAGAAAUAUUGCUGUUUACAAUUAUAUGAUGGGUAUCCGUAAAUUUUCUUACCCCAUUCAUUUCUAGUGAAAACUGGAUUCGAUUCUUUUAGAGCAUACUCACUCCAGUUUAAUUAUUUUUCUUGCCAACUUAGCUAAGUGUGCCUGACCUACAGAUGCCAGGAAGAGACAGAGCAGGUCAGGUAUUGGGAAGCCCAGCCCAGCUCUCCCCAGGAAGUGCACUUACUGUCUUAGGUGGACCAAUGCUAUCAGCACAUAAAUAGAUGCUGGGCUCUGUGUGACUGUGCCUCACAACCCAGAGAAGUAAAACAGAAUUUAAUCUUCUGAAGCCCACUUUCUUGGGCAUUGAAGCAGGGUGUCAAAAGGACUCAAAAGGACACAGAACUUGGGAGUGGUCUACAAGAUGUUUCGAUUUUUAUAACCUUCACUUUAUAGGUUUAUCAUGCUGAUGGAUUCUUUGGAGGAGGGAUUUCUGCUUCUUUGAAAGGAAGCAGUGCGUCUUGGCCAGAGAGCCUUAUUGACUGACGUUGGCAUUGUGAUGUGGCAGGCCACUACACAGCCAAAGGCCCAGCCAGGACUCAGUUGCCUUCCAUUAAGGGUAGGGAAAGACUGUAACUUCUACCUAUUACCAGCCAUAGGCUGCUUUUUGUGGGGCAAUAAGAUCUUCUUGAGGUUCCUGAGAGCUGUAUACUUUCGAAAGUAGAGUAGGAUGUGAUUCAGCUAGAGCCCAAUUAAGCACUUUAAUUAUUCAUUUAAAUGUUUACAAAGGUUAGCAACACUGUGGCCAAAAGGGAAAAGUGGGGAAAGACAACCACAGCUGUUACAUUCAGGAGACUCUAAACACAGUUUGUAGGUAAGAACUUUCAUCUUUGAUAAGAGAACAGAUGGGAACACCGUCUCCUAGUUCCCACCACAUGCACACUCAGAGAUGGAGUUGGCUAUGUCUGAAUAAUCCCAAAACCUGCAUUCAUCCAUCCCUUCCUAAAACAGGAAUAUUUAAUCUGUGUUAAUUCCAGGUUAGCAGCAAUCCCAUUUUUCACCUCUGGUUAUCUCAAUAAUGGUAUUAACCUCGAAGUGUGGUGGUGGUGUGUGUGUGUGUGUGUUUGUGUGUUGUAUAGCAAACUGUGAAAUGACAAAGAAUACACAAGUUACAACUGAGAGUAUGAAUAAUGAAAAAUGCAGUGUUUUCAAGGUUGAACUUCUGUCUGUUUAAUGUAUAAGUAGAUGUGUUUUAUGUUCGAGGAAGUUCAUCUCCUUUGUGCUUGCCCUUUGCAAGGCAUGUUAUAAUCAUUGUCAAGACAAUUUGAAAAAGUCCUGGAUGAA